AUGGCAGCUUCCUCCGAACCGAUAGAAGAAAAUUCGCAUCCUUCCAGCCUUCUUGCAUAUAACGCACUCCCGGGUCACCAGGACUUUGACUCGACAAUAUCUGAUGAGAAGCCCACUGCUGUUACUGGAACCGGUUUCUACGACCGCAAUCUGACGAGUCGUAGAUAUGCCCUUAUCGGAAUAGCAUGUUCAGGUAUCUUCAGCUGCUUAUGCAUCAUUACAGGUAUUGUCACUGUAGCCAAUCACGGAAUUGUGGGAGUAACCCCACUCGGGCUCAGCAUAGUCAAUCUUAAUUACCCUCUUCAAUUGUCGUUGCAGUUGGAAAUAUCGACCCUGAUGCUUGUCUCAAUCGUCACGUUAUGUGCCGAGUCUAUAGGCUUCGUACACGGCAUCUCAUUGCGCUCUGCGCUAGCCUCAGAGUCUCGGCUUCAUUUCAACACCAAUUUGCGCCUUCUGACCGCAGCUCGUGGAUGGCGUAACCUAAUGGCGCCCUGCUUAACGCGAGUCCUACACAGCGUGGAUGGAUCCAUCAUACAAGAGAGCGGGAGCGUCGCCAUCGCCGGGUUACCUCUUCUCAUUUUAGGCGUCGUACUCCUCCUCCAGGUGAUGAUCGCAUUAUCAGCGAUGCGGGCGGUCAAGAUUUUGACAUGGAGCUCCUCACCUUUCGACUUGGCCGCCGCACUCGUCCACCACACACAAUUGACCCCUGCUACUUUCCGGUGCAUGCGUCGUGUGUCUGACCUAGACACGUAUGGAGGACCAGCGAAGCCACCAGAGACACAGCCCUCUGCUUGGCAUGCUCACCCUAGCAUCCAAAAAGUUAUCAUUUUUCUUUGGGCUAUCGUUACAGCAUGCAUUGUAUGGGCCGCAAUCGUCAUGUAUAUCUCGGACCGCUUUUUUUCCAACGGCAAUGCUCUGACCCUACAAACGUGGUCGUUCUUCCGAAAUUCUGAGGGAAAUGACAUCAUGUAUGAUCUACUGAAGGGCAGUCCUGAGGGGUGGAUUCUGCUCUUUGUCAACAUUGCGGUUGUCCAGGGACUGUUGACGCUUGGGCUGCAUUGCUCGGAGCUCAUCGUGAAUGUCAUUCGAGACGAAAGACAGUGGAGAUGGGCUACCAGAAGGCAAGGACUUAGAAUGGCGACGAACCCGCUGGUGUCGAUCCUUAAUCAACCGAACUGUCUCAUACUUUUCAUCGCGAAGCCUGUUCUGCACUGGAUGUUUGGGCUUUCAUUCGACAUAGGUAAAUACGCCAUUAACAACACCCUAAGCGGUUUUUUGAUAUUUAUGUACACUGCCCAGAUCUGGAACUUAUGCAUCGCGCUCUUUAUAGUUGCCUGUGUCUUCACUUUCGUCGCACUACGCCGACCGUCCGGUCCCCAGCCAGCUGCAUACGGCCACCUCCAGACGCUCGCCGACCUUGUGGACGAGUGGUCGCCUGUCAUGUGGUGGGGACACAAGGCGGAUGGAAUUCCGUACUGUCAUGCUGGGACAAGCGAUCACCCACUGCCAGAUGUGAAGAUGUUCUGCGUUUAUGCUGGUUCUGGUGUUGGAUCAUUGGUACCCCUCUCGUGA